AUGAUUGCACGUAAAAACGCGAUUUCCCUGUUGCGCUCCAGGGCGCCCAGGUUGGGAUCCGUAUCCGCCUGUGGCUUCUCGACAUCCCAAAGCCUCAGGAACGCAGGGACAGCAUUACCCCCGAGAAAGCCUGUGGGUGCAUUCCGUGGAGGGUUGUUUGGGUUCCUCGCUGGAACGGCUGUUGCCGGUGCUGCGGUCUACUAUUAUAUCUUGGGAGAGUACAGAGUCGCAAAUCAAAUGCUGAAUGAAGAUAUCCAUGCUCUACAGGCAGCCACAACGAGACUGCAAACUUACGUCACGGAACUGGAGACAAAGAUAGACCAGUUGCAGAAGAAGAAAUGA